AUGACGGUGACCGUCGUGCUCGGGGCUCAGUGGGGCGACGAGGGUAAAGGAAAACUUGUCGAUCUUCUCUCUGCCGACGUCGAUGUCUGUGCGCGUUGUGCUGGAGGGAACAAUGCGGGUCACACAAUUGUGGUACCUGUCGGCCCAGAACACGUAAAAACGACGUUUGCUUUCCACUUGUUGCCCAGUGGCCUGGUCAAUCCCGGGUGCAUAGGUGUAAUUGGAUCUGGAGUGGUCGUCCAUAUUCCAUCCUUCUUUGCCGAGCUUGAUGCAUUGCAGAGUCAAGGGUUGGAUUGUACGGAUCGACUAUUCAUAUCCGACCGCGCGCAUCUCGUUUUCGAUUUUCAUCAGAUUGUCGAUGGCUUGAAGGAGGUUGAAUUAGGCGGCUCAAGCAUUGGCACCACGAAGAAAGGAAUCGGACCGGCUUACUCUGCAAAGGCAUCGCGAUCAGGGCUGCGUGUGCAUCAUUUGUUCGACCACGACACAUUCGCGCAAAAAUUUCGCAAAGUAGUUGAAGGGCGAUUCAAACGGUACGGACAUUUCGAAUACGACACCGAGGGAGAAAUUAUUCGCUACAAGGCUCGUGCGCUUGCCGAACGAUUACGUCCUUAUGUGAUUGACAGCGUCGUCUAUCUACACAAGGCUGUCGCGGAAGGGAAGAGAAUCCUUGUGGAGGGCGCCAAUGCGCUGAUGCUCGAUCUCGACUAUGGAACCUACCCGUACGUCACAUCGUCGUCGACGACGAUCGGAGGUGUCUGCACUGGUCUUGGUAUUCCCCCGAAGAUGAUUGGCACUACUAUCGGUGUCAUCAAGGCGUACACGACACGGGUAGGUGGGGGCCCUUUCCCCACAGAACAGCUGAAUGACGUCGGCGUACAUCUACAAGAAGUGGGAAAAGAAUAUGGCACGACAACUGGACGCCGCAGGCGGUGCGGCUGGCUAGACCUUGUCGUAAUGAAGCACUCGUGCCUUAUCAACGGCUACGAUAAGCUGAACUUGACUAAGCUCGAUAUCCUUGAUGACCUCGAGGAGAUCAAGAUUGCGGUGAAAUACCUGGUGAGUGAGAAAGAGCUAUCCGGCUUCCCUGCGGACCUGGAGCUUCUUGCGAAGGUCGACGUUCAAUAUGUUACCUUGCCGGGAUGGAAAACAUCCAUUUCUACCAUUACUACCUUCGAUGCAUUGCCAGACAAGUGUAAGGAGUAUGUAAGAUUUAUUGAAGAAUACCUGGGUGUGCCAAUAGAGUGGAUUGGAAUAGGUCCCAGUAGAGAAAGCAUGCUGAAGAAAGGAAGGGAGACAACGCAGUAG